CAGCUGUUUGCUAAUUCAAAACAAACAAAUCUCAUCGAAUGUGAUCGAAAAUGUUUGCGCGGGCAAUACGAGCUCCGCUGAAGCUGGCAAGAUAUUAUUCGUCGAGAGGAACAAUCUUUGGACUGUCCUCAGGAAGUGGCAAAUGUGGCGUUGCGGUUAUUCGGGUGUCGGGCGAUGCCAGCAGCGAUGUUAUUCAACGAAAGACGAGCUCCAACAAACUUCCAGCAGCAAGACAGGCCGUACUUCGGCGGAUCCUUCACUCCCGCACGGCGGAAACGAUCGACCGUGGCCUGGUGCUGUGGUUUCCGGGUCCGCACAGCUUCACCGGUGAAGACUGCGUCGAGUUUCACGUACACGGAGGGGCUGCAGUGGUUAGUGCGAUGUACGACAGUCUGGGAUCGAUCGAUGGAGUUCGGUUGGCCGAGCCUGGGGAGUUCACCAAGCGUGCGUUCUACGCUGGAAAGAUGGACUUGACGGAGGUUGAGGGGUUGGCUGAUUUGAUUGAGGCUGAAACCGAAGCUCAGCGAAAGCAAGCUCUUCUGCAGGCCAGUGGGGAGCUCUCGAAGUUGUACAACGAGAUGAGAAGCAGGCUUGUGCGAUGUAUUGCGAACGUGGAGGCUUACAUAGACUUUGCUGAGGAUCAGGACGUGGAUGACACGGUGCUGCAAUCGGUGGGUGAAGAUGUGGCCACGCUGGUUCGGGAUAUUUCGACUCAUUUGAAUGACCACAGGCGAGGAGAGAGGUUGAGGGCUGGAGUAAGAACUGCCAUAAUUGGAGCUCCGAACGUGGGCAAGAGCAGUUUUGUCAACCUGUUGAGCAAUCGGAAGGUUUCGAUCGUCACCAACGUCGCUGGCACGACGCGUGACAUCAUCGAAAGCCACCACGAUAUCGGAGGAUAUCCGGUGAUUUUGGCCGACACAGCUGGUCUUCGAGCUAGUACGGACGAUAUUGUGGAAAGUGAGGGCAUAAGUCGGGCGAAAGACUACUUCCAGCUGGCCGAUUUGCUCAUUCUCAUGAUUGAUUCGGAGGACUUGCAGCGAUACCUUCAAAAUGGAGAUACCUUUGACUGCUUUCUGAGUCACUACCUUACCUCACUUGGUAUCAACCGCGAAGCCCUUUCAACAGCAAAAUCAAUGCUCAUCGUGAACAAAUGUGAUUUACUGCCAGAAAGCUUCUUAGAACCGAUCAAAAAAAUCCCAAAUAUAACUCUUCUCUCUUGUCACACCCAAGCCGGGCUGGAAGCGGUUCUCCAAGAAAUCACCACCAAUCUUAAGCACCUGUGCGGAAAUCCGUCCAAAGAGAGUCCCAACUUGAGCCAGCAAAGACAUCGGUACCAUCUGAAGCAGUGCCUCGAUUGUUUGGAAAAGUAUCAGCGGUACGUUGAAGGGCAGCGAAAUCCGGAUUUGGCCAUUGCGACGCAGCAUCUUCGAAAUGCGACCAGAUGUAUCGGGAAAAUUACCGGUGCGAUUGAGACUGAGGAAAUUUUGGACGUUAUCUUCAGCACGUUUUGUAUUGGAAAAUAAAGUUAUGAAGGGUUAAAA